AUGACAGUGCCAAGCACCUAUCUUUUGGACUUGCUUACGGGCAAGAAACAAUCAUCCUUUAUCCUUCUGGCGGACAGUGCCACAUGCGAUGCAAAAUCCUGUCUUUGGCCGUGCUUAUACAAAGCCACGUGCGAUAUGUACAAGUACCUAAUCGUUCGCUCCGAAGUCUUCGGGCUGCAGUCUCCCAACCUGCCAUUGACACUCGAGCAGUCGGCCAAAAUUUUAAAUAGCAGCACCUUUCCGAACGCUAACGCCUGUUUGGACGCCGUGCAGGUGGAAGUCUCAAGGCCACCAGACGAUGGAGGCAAACGCUGCUGGGUAGUAGUUUUCGACAAUCUGGACAAUUUUCUUCUUGAUGGUGGAGACGGUGGCAGUCGUCAAAUGCGCGAUUGGAUUUAUCAGCUAGCCGCCCGACUU